UCAGUUGACAUAAGGACGACCUGACGCUGGAGGGUAAAGGCCACUGCUCUGGAAUUGAGAGGCUCCGUCGCUGUCUUCUGGAGGGAGGCGUGCUGCAGAGGAGAGUUCCUGACCGGAGAACAUUUCAAGCUAAGAAUAGGAAGAGUCCUGAGAAGAUGAGUCUCAAGAUUGAUUUGGAAACAGAUUUUGCUGAGUGUGUUUUAAAUGCAGGAAAAGUCAUCCUUGGGUGUACGCAAAGGAAUGAAAUGGACCCUCACCUGCAGGAAGAACAGAAUCAAAUCAUCUUGCGUGCAAUAUGUGCUCUGCUGAAUUCUGGCGGAGGAGUGGUCAAGAUUGAGAUUGCGAACAAAAACUACAAUUAUGAAACUCACGGAGUAGGAUUAAACGUGCCUUCAGUUUUCAAACACUAUUUAGAUGAGAUGCAACAGAAAGACAAAGAUCUCUUUUUUAUUUUUGUGAAGUCAUGGAAUGCAAGGGCCUCUGGUGUACGGCUUGCUACUUUGUCCUCCAAUUUGUACCACAGACAUCAAACAUCUACUGAUGUCAUGACGUCUCAGGAAGCACUGGCAUUCCUCAGAAGGAGGAUUCAGACUCUUCAGAAUAUUCAUGAUUCCAAUUUGUUAAGUCCACAGAAUGUUCAGGGUGGGAACAUAAAUGUCUCAGCGGCUGCUUUAUUUCAUAGCAGUGAUCACCUUCAGUACCUGCAAAAGCUCAACUUCACUAAGUCCGAGCAUGUUGAAUUCAAAAGGUUCUCAGGAGAGAUAUUACAAUGCUUUGCCAAGCAUCUCCCCAGUUGUGUGUCUGCAUUUGCAAACACUGAAGGAGGGUACAUAUUUUGGGGGGUGCAUGAAGAGACCCUUCAAGUCAUUGGAUAUAAAAAAGAGGAAAUAGAUUGUACCUCCUUGGAGGGCUUCAUCAGUAGCUGUAUUAGGAAGUUACCAGCCCAUCAUUUCUGCACCCAGAGGUGUGAGAUAAAACAUAAAAUCAAUCUCCUUGAAGUACACAAGCAGGGGGUCCUCUAUGGAUAUGUCUGUGCAAUCAAGGUGGAACAAUUCUGCUGUGCACUGUUUGCCAAAGAGCCUAGUGCCUGGCAGGUGAAAAACAACUGCGUGAGACAGCUGGCCACAAAUGAAUGGGCAGCUUGGAUGACAGAAACCGACCCAGAUCUUUCUAGGUUUCCUGAGUUGGUCCUUGAGCUGAGUUUGUCGUCCAGCACACCCUGCAGCAGGAGUGUGUGCACUCAUAAGAAUUCGGAAACGCUGAGAGAACAGCAAAGACGUUACUUUCCAGUAUCAGACAGCUUGGAGUAUAGACCACAAAGCCUCUACAAGGAACUGUGCUCGCAACAUAUAGGACUCAGAAACGUAAUGUUUCGUGUAAAGAACACUGUCCCUAAAGGAAUAUUGAUUUUUUCUCGAAGCUGGGCUGUGGAUGUGGGUCUGCAAGAGAAGCAGGGAGUCAUCUGUGAUGCUCUUCUACUUUCCCAGAACAAAAUCCCAGUCCUCUACACCAUCCUCAGUAAAAGAGAUGAGCACUGGAAGGACUAUUCUAUGACGGUUGCCCGCACCUUAAAGCAGAAGCUUGUGAACACAGGUGGCUACACUGGAAAAUUGUGCAUCAUUCCUUCUGCCUUCUUGCUGGAACCUGGUAAAACAUCAGAUGCCCUUUAUGGUUUAAAUUUGCAAAAAUACCCUGAGUCUUAUAAACUGAUGACCACACAGGAUAUGGAAGCUCUGUUGCAGUCCCUUGUGAUAGUUUUGCGUGGGUUCAGAUCUUUCUUAAGUGAAGAGCUGGGCUCUGAGGUUUUGAACCUACUCACGGAUAAACAGUAUGAGUUGCUUUCAAUGAACUUUCGUAGCACCAGAGAGCUGUUUGUACAUGGCUUACCUGGAUCAGGGAAGACCGUCCUGGCUCUUAGGAUCAUGGAAAAGAUCAGGAAUGUGUUUCACUGUCAACCAGGUGAAAUUCUUUACAUCUGUGAGAACAAGCCCCUGCAAGAAUUCGUGAGCCACAAACAUAUCUGCCAGGCAGUGACCCGAAGAGCCUUCCUGCAGCCCAAUGCAAACUUUGAAAAUAUUCAACACAUAAUCAUUGAUGAAGCUCAGAAUUUCCGCACUGAAAAUGGGGACUGGUAUGAGAAGGCAAAAACCAUCACUCGGAGAGGAAGGGCUCGCCCUGGCAUUCUCUGGAUCUUUAUAGACUACUUUCAGACCAGUCACAUGGACUGCAGUGGUCUCCCCCCUCUCUCAGAGCAGCAGAUAAGAGAAGUGCUCAUCAAAGUGGUCCGCAAUGCAGAUCCGAUAGCCAACUACCUACAAGAAAUAAUGCACGAGGUCAGAGAAAAUCCACCACCUAACAUCCCUGUUGGGUCCCUGAAUAUACUCAAUGAAGUUGAAAUGGCUCAUAGUGUCCCAGGCAACUUGGAGAUUAGGGAGUACUCAGACUUGGAGAGGAUGGUGGUUUAUAUAGCAGAGACAUGCCAGAUGUUCUUGAGGAAUGGUUAUUCCUACAAGGAUAUUGCUGUGCUUUGCAGCAAAGCAGCUGAUAUAGACACAUAUAAACAGAAUCUUCAAUCAGCAAUGAGGAGGAGAAGAAAUCCUCAGCUCAAUGAGGAAUCUGGUCCAUUAGUACAGAUCAAAGAUGCAUCAGAAAUCAAGGGCAACCACAUCGUGUUGGACAGUGUCCGUCGAUUUUCAGGCCUGGAAAGAAACAUCGUGUUUGGGAUCAGUCCAAGGGCAGCCGAGCCAGCUGUUUUCCACAAUCUGCUGCUCUGUUUGGCUUCCAGGGCAAGGAAAUAUCUGUAUAUUCUGAAGGUUUCUAACUGAUAGGAAGAUCCUAAUCUAAGAAACAAUUAAGUAGCCCUCAUCUCUGGUUAACUGUGAACAUAUUUGAUCUAAACAUGUGAUCAUCAAAUAUUUAAAGAACACUCACUGUGAGCCAUAUACUCUUCCUGGUGCUGGGGAUUGGGGAUAGGUUAGCAAAUCAGACAGAUGGGAAAAGGCAAAUCACAGAGAGUAAACCAAUACAAGUACAAGAAAUUUCAGUUAGUAAUAAGGGACACCAGAGUAGUAACUGGAUGGACCUGAGAUAUAGAGAUUGUGUGUGUGUGUGUGUGUGUGUGUGUGUGUGUGUGUGUGUGUGUGUGUGUAUGUAGGUAGGUAGGUUGGUGGUAGAUAGAAAGGAGGUUGGGCCCUGGUUUGGCUCAGCCGUUAGAGCGUCGGCCCAUGGACCAAUGAGUCGCGGGUUCGAUUCCCAAUAAAGGGCACUUACCUCGGUACCUCAG